GGGCACUUUUGUGUGAUGGCAACUUCACUUCUAGGGGAAGAGCCGCGGGUAGGCUCCACGCCGCUGGCCAUGCUCGCCGCGACCUGCAACAAGAUCGGCAGCCCCAGCCCCUCGCCGUCCUCCCUCUCGGACAGCGCGUCCUCCUUCGGCAAAGGCUUCCACCCCUGGAAACGCUCCUCCUCCUCCUCCUCGUCCUCGGCGGGCAGCUGCAGCGCCGUGGGCUCCGGCCUCCCGGGCUUCGGCGUGGCGGGCGCCGCGCGCAACAGCUCCUCGGCGGCGGCCGCGGCCGCGGCGGCGGCGGCAGCGGCAGCCGCGCUGGUCUCGGACUCCUUCAGCUGCGGCGGCUCGCCGGGCUCCAGCGCCUUCUCGCUGACUUCCAGCAGCGCCGCGGCGGCGGCCGCCAGCUCGCCCUUCGCCAACGACUACUCCGUCUUCCAGGCGCCGGGCAGCGCCGGCGGCGGCGGCGGCGGCGGUGGCGGCGGCGGCGGGGCCGCGGCGCAGGAGGCGGCGGCGCACCAGCCCGUCUUCAUCUCCAAGGUGCACACGUCGGUGGAGGGGCUGCAGGGCAUCUACCCGCGGGUGGGCAUGGCGCACCCCUACGAGUCCUGGUUCAAGCCGUCGCACCCGGGGCUGGGCGCCGGCGAGGUGGGCUCGGCGGGCGCCUCCAGCUGGUGGGACGUGGGCGCCGGCUGGAUCGACGUGCAGAGCCCCAACGGGGCGGCGGCGCUGCCGGGCUCGCUGCACCCGGCCGCCGGGGGGCUGCAGACCUCGCUCCACUCGCCGCUGGGCGGCUACAACUCGGAUUACUCGGGCCUCGGCCACUCGGCCUUCAGCAGCGGCGCCUCCUCGCACCUCCUCAGCCCCGCCGGGCAGCACCUCAUGGACGGAUUUAAGCCGGUGCUGCCCGGCUCCUACCCGGACUCGGCCCCGUCGCCGCUGGCCGGCGCCGGCGGCUCCAUGCUGAGCGGCGGCCCCGCCGCGCCGCUGGCCGGCUCGCCGCGCUCCUCCGCCCGCCGCUACUCGGGCCGCGCCACCUGCGACUGCCCCAACUGCCAGGAGGCCGAGCGGCUGGGGCCGGCGGGGGCCAGCCUGCGGCGCAAGGGGCUGCACAGCUGCCACAUCCCCGGCUGCGGCAAGGUGUACGGCAAGACGUCGCACCUGAAGGCGCACCUGCGCUGGCACACGGGCGAGCGCCCCUUCGUCUGCAACUGGCUCUUCUGCGGCAAGCGCUUCACCCGCUCCGACGAGCUGCAGCGGCACCUGCGGACCCACACGGGCGAGAAGCGCUUCGCCUGCCCCGUCUGCAACAAGCGCUUCAUGCGCAGCGACCACCUCAGCAAGCACGUCAAGACCCACAGCGGCCCCGGCGGCGCGGGCGGCCCCGGCGGCGGCGGCCCCGGCGGCGGCCCCGGCCCCGGCGGCAAGAAGGGCAGCGACACCGACAGCGAGCACAGCGCGGCGGGCAGCCCGCCCUGCCACUCGCCGGAGCUGCUGCCGCCGCCCGAGCCCGGCCACCGGAACGGCCUGGAGUGA